AGUUCAUCUCAUCCAUCUAUCAUUCUAUCUCUCUUUCUAGUCUUGGUUCAACAUUAUGUGGCUGUGUCAUAAGCAUUACCUCUCAAUCACCCUUUACUAAUUUUCUUCAUAAUCUUCUAAACAUGGAUGCCCAUCAUCUAGCUCUCUCUUCCCUCAUUACCCUAUACUUCUUCUUAUCCAUACUAACACCAUCGUACUGCACCGACUAUGAACGCUUUGCUAAUUGCAGUCGUCCCUAUGGGUGUGGAAGCAUCCAAAACGUUUCUUACCCUUUCUGGGGAGGUGAUCGACCUGAAUAUUGCGGUCGUGAAGGGUUCAAACUCUUGUGCCAGGAAAAUGAAAUCCCGAUUAUCAGGUUUGAAGCACUAGAUUUCCGCGUACUAAAAAUCGACAAAUCUUUUCCAAUCAUGACCAUUGCAAGAUUGGACCUCUGGGAUGGUUCUUGUCCUCAAAAAAACUUCAAUACCACCUUGAAUUUUACCAACUUCGACUAUUACGCUUCAACCGUUCAAAACAUAACUUUGUUCUACGACUGCUCUCCUGGAGUAGACAUACCGGACGGACAUGGGUUUACUUGCAAAUCAGGCGAUACUGUUACGCGUAAUAAUGCUUACUUCGGUGAAGAAUUCCUCACGGCGAGCAAACUUCAGGACUUAAAGAACUGCAGUAAAAGCAUCCUUGUUCCAAUUUUACGGGCUGCUCUUAUGAACGAGCUUCCGAGUGGAGUCCCAGCACUUCAGGAAGUAUUGAAUCGAGGAUUCGAUGUGGACUACAAUACCUUGCACGAUACUGCCUGUAAAGGGUGUCUGGAAUCAGGUGGGCAUUGCGGUUCUAAUUCAGCACACCAAUUUGUCUGCUUUUGCUCUGACCAAGAGCGCUCUUAUAGCUGCCCAGAUAAGCGAGGAAGUAGGUGGUGGAAGUAUACUUUAGGUGCUGGCUCAUGUCUCAUAAUGGCCCUUCAAAUACUGUGCGUCAUAUUCAUUAUCCAUCGAUGCCGCAUGAAGAAGAAAUAUGAUCCCUCUGGAACGACAGAUCUUGAGGCAUUUGUUAGAAAUUACGGACCAGUAUCGCUAAACAGAUAUAAAUUCUCAGAUGUCAAGAAAUUCACCAAUUCAUUUAAGGUUAAACUUGGUCAAGGAGGCUAUGGUGGUGUCUACAAAGGAGAGCUACUCAAUGGUUGUCUCGUAGCUGUGAAGGUCCUGAAUGCAUCAAAAGGAAUUGGAGAUGAAUUUAUCAAUGAAGUUGCAAGCAUCAGUAGAACUUCCCAUGUUAAUAUUGUCACACUUCUUGGAUUUUGUCUUGAAGGUAAAAAAAGAGCUCUCAUCUAUGAGUUUAUGCCAAAUGGAUCACUUGAAAAGUUUAUACACAGUGACAACACGGAGACAACCACUAUGCCCUUAGGAUUGGAAAAAUUGUUCCAAAUUGCAAUCGGAAUUGCCCGGGGGCUUGAGUACUUGCACCGUGGCUGCAAUACUAGAAUCUUGCAUUUUGACAUAAAACCACAUAACAUUCUUCUGGAUGAAAAUUUUUCCCCAAAGAUCUCUGAUUUUGGACUUGCUAAACUUUCUCCAAGGAAUGAGAGUCACAUAUCAAUGGCAGUAGCCAGAGGGACAAUAGGGUAUAUAGCUCCUGAAGUGUUCAAUAGAAACUUUGGAGUAGUUUCACACAAAUCUGAUGUCUAUAGCUAUGGAAUGAUGAUUUUGGAGAUGGUUGGAGGAAAAAAGGACAUUGAUGUAGGAAUAAGUGAUACCAGUGAGAUAUAUUUUCCACAUUGGAUUUAUAAGCAUCUUGAGCAGUACAAUGAUUUAGGAUUUCCCAUUAACAUGACUAUAGAGGAAACUGCAAUGGUGAGAAAGAUGAUCUUAGUGGGUUUGUGGUGCAUACAGACAAAUCCAUCUGAUAGGCCGUCCAUGAGUAAAGUAAUUGAAAUGUUAGAAGGAAACAUAGAAGCAUUGCAAAUCCCUCCAAAACCUUUCUUAUCGUCACCUCCAAGAUCUCCCGUAGAAGAAUCCUCCACAUAUUAAUACUACGUAAUAAUACCUAUAGAUACUUUUUUUUCUUGAUAACUUUUUUAUUAUUAUCUUACAUUUAAUUUAAGGAUUGGGCUCCUUGAAGACAA